CACCAGUCCGUACAUCUCGUCACUCUCAUUGGCCUCCGGGAUGGGCUCCAUGAUCAGUAUUGUUACCUGCGUGUAGCAAGUAAAACAAACUACACGCUCAGCGUCAGCUGAGGAAUACGCUAAUACAACAAUUCCAAAUUGAAUAGCGAAUAGACAUACAAUUAUUCAUGAUGUGACAUAAUAUAGCAUAUAUGUUCAGGAUGAUGGUAAUGAUACGUAAUUGAUGCCAUACGUAAUCAUGAUGAUUUGCACUUGAUGAUAAUUUCAUGCUGUAUGAUUUUAACGAGCAAGGACACCCUUGCGCUAUGAGAUUCGCCCAUUUGGUACGACGAACUCACGCGGCCUUAGUCUCACAAGGAAGACUAGAAAGUAGGGGUGGCACUCGAAACCUGAAUACCAUGUACGUACACUAAGCCCGGAACGGGUGAUGUCGGACUAGUAAGUCCCGCACAUCACGCUAUAAGAGACGCAAUUACGCAUGAUCUCUUACGCAUGCAUAUGAUAUGAAUGCUACAAAUAUGGGUAAUGAUAUGAGUCAUAUGAUAUGAACAAUUUGUAAACAAUAUGAAUGGAUAAAUAUACUUUAUUUUAUUUGGGUGAAAUCUGAUAAAAAAUAUCAUUUAAUUAAGCUACGGGGCUCGGAACGGUCGACCGUUUGACGCGACGGUCGACCUUGAACUACAUCGCGUCGGGUUGGAGAAUUACCAUGACGGUCGACCGCGGUGGACCGUCGGUCGACCGUUGUUGACUGGAGGUUGACGGCGGUACUAGGAUAUCUAAAAUACUUCUUUGAGUUAUUUUAACACUUAUGAUUAACAUAUCUAUGUAUUUGAAGUAUACUUAACAUUUAUAUUUUCAUUUAAGGUGAAGUAUCAAGAAAAACAUAUUUUUACUUUAUGAGUUUAAUGAGUUUGAUCUUAAAGCAUAAAUGACUUAUAAUAUGGCAAUCAAUCCUAACGAUAUAUCUAGAUUGAUAUUCAACCAAGGAUUGCGUUACUAAGGUGCAAUGUACUCGCCUUGAUAACGUUGAAGACGGAAGUGAUAGGAAUAAAGUAUACGCCU